UGCAAGUCACAUUUUAUUAGCCUUGGUUCUAGGAUGUCAAAUAGGUAUGGGUGUAUUCCUUGUGCAGUUUAUGGAGUGUUUUGGAAAAGGAGCUGGGAAAACUGCAACAAUUCAAGCAAUUCUCUCCGCAAUGAUGCUGUGCCCAGCUCCUUUGAUUAACAGUUUAAAUGUUGGUACAAGACCAUUGGUUAUUUUUGGUGGAAUAGUGUCCAGUAUUGGUAUAUUCAUAUGUUCAUUUGCCAAUAGUGUUAACUUAUUAAUUAUAAGUUAUGGUAUGGUUGUAGGUAAGACGUUUUAUUUAUUACCAAAAUAAUUCACCAUGAGUGGUUUCCAUGGUGAGUGAUUUUACUUGAGG